AUGGGUAUUGAUCACACUUCCAAACAACACAAAAGAUCCGGUCACAGAACCGCUCCAAAAUCUGACAAUGUCUAUUUGAAAUUACUUGUCAAAUUAUACUCAUUCUUAGCUCGUCGUACUGAUGCUCCAUUCAACAAGGUUAUCUUGAAAUCUUUGUUCAUGUCUAAGAUUAACAGACCACCUGUUUCUGUCUCUAGAAUUGCCAGAGGUUUGAAGCAAGAAGGCUCUGCUAAUAAGACAAUUGUUGUUGUUGGUACCGUUACCGAUGAUGCUAGAGUUUUCGAAUUGCCAAAGACCACUGUUGCUGCUUUGAGAUUCACUGCCGGUGCCAGAGCUAGAAUCAUUAAAGCUGGUGGUGAAUGUAUCACUUUAGAUCAAUUAGCUGUCAGAGCUCCAAAGGGUCAAAACACUUUGAUCUUGAGAGGUCCAAGGAAUUCCAGAGAAGCUGUUAGACACUUUGGUAUGGGUCCACACAAGAACAAGGCUCCAAGGAUCCUCUCUAAAGGUAGAAAAUUUGAAAGAGGUAGAGGUAAGAGAAGAUCUUUGGGUUUCAAGGUGUAA